ACUCACUCUUCUACGUCAGUGCUCAUCCCUGGCCAGUCUCUUUCCAGUUUUCGUCUUACCAUGACAGUCCACAUCUCGACUCCUAUAUCAACGCACCUUCAAACCCUCCUCUCCAAGCGUGCACCACCCAAGACACUCUGCCCCUCUGAAGUCGCCCGCGCUCUGUCCUCAGCCGAACUCCAAGCCGAAGGCGUGGGCGAAUGGCGCGAAUUGAUGCCACGCAUCAGAGACCUGGUGUGGCAGAUGCGUGACGAAGGAGAGGUGGAGAUCUUGCAGCGGGGAGAGGUGCUGGCGGCGGAUGUGGGCGUAGAGAGUGUGAUAGGCCCGAUCAGGGUGAGGCGGAAGGUGUGAUGGAUGGUGGGAAGGGGACUUGACGUGCGACGAGUAAGUACUUGAAUGCUGGAGUGCUUGGGGAGGUGUUGAUACUGCAUCACGAUCAUCCCGGCGAUGGUAACAGCAUUCUAAUCACCUCGGAUGGAAGCACAAAAAACUUGGUUCACGUACGUUUGGCUCACGCUUUUGGCGCUUCGAUGUUUUCUAUACGACCUCCUAGAAACUAUCCUAGUGCUGCUGUGCCUACGAAAUUAAGGCUAUAUGGACUUCAACAUAUGUAGAUGAUGCACAGUUAUAGUCUCAAGAUUCCACAGAAAUCGCAAACACUCACAAGGCAUUGGC